GGCCCUUCGGCCCAUUACGCCCACCGCCAGAGAGCUGUCCAUGAACAACUGCCCCAGCUUGAAGUCGAAUGCGAUGUCUGUGGAGAGUCCGCUCAUCCUCAUGCCACAGUGCGUUUGGCAUGCAGUGAUAUAUAUUGCAAACCGUGCCUCAAGUCCGUGUUCCUGCGUAGUGCCAAGGACGAAAGCCUUUACCCACCAAAAUGCCAUCGCCAACUAAUCGAUUUCUCAACCAUCGAGGCAGACUUGUCAGUCGAAGAGUUGACCCUCUAUCGAACCGCUGAGCUGGAGUUUACCAGCGAGAAAAGAGUCUACUGCUCUGACCCUGGGUGCGCCAAGUUUAUUCCGAUGGCGCAGCGAACCCCGGAUUAUGCUUCGUGUGAGGCCUGUAGUGCUAGAACUUGUAUGCACUGUAAAGCACUCGCACAUGCUGGGGCUUGUCCAGCAGACCAAGCAAGGCAGAGUCUUAUUAGUCUGGCUGAUGAGGAAGGCUGGAAACCCUGUUUUGGAUGCGGUGAAAUUGUGUUUCGGUAUGAGGGUUGUGACCACAUGACUUGUAGAUGCGGCGCCGAGUUCUGCUACAGAUGUGGCGUCAAGUGGAAAGAAUGCCAUUGUAGCGACUGGGUGCCGGAACUACUCAAUCGAAGAGCUCAGCAGGUAGUAGACAGAGAGGCUCUACAGCCCUUGGAACCUGCUAUCCGUCAACAGCGCGUCGCAACUAUGGUGCGGGAGCUACAAGAAAACCAUGAGUGCAACCACAGUGGGAAGUUCACUAAACUUGAGGGAUCGCGCCGCGGCAAGGUCUGCGAGAUGUGUGGCGCGAGGCAUCGCAAGUACAUCCUGUCUUGCAGACGUUGUCACAUGCUGGCCUGCGAAGACUGUCGACGCCACAGACUAUAG